AUGGGCUGCAGCACAUCAGUUUCAACAAUGAAUUCUUCCGGUCAUCAUAAUAACACUAAACCAACUGUAAUGCCUUCAUCACAAUUAUCCAUACCUUAUAAAAAUUCAAAGAUUAUUGAAAAACGGAAUCGUCGCACUGAUUCAAAUGAAAUUAUUCAAAAUUUUCUUCUGGUAUGGCUCGAUGCGCAAAUCGAUGAGUCUACUGAUGACUUUCGCAAUUCAAUUAAACAUUUGCGACAAACUGUUAACACUAUUGAAAUAUUCGAUGAUGAUAAUGAAUGCAUCAAUUAUAUUACACAAAUACAAAAGGAAAAAGCAUUUCUUAUUAUUUCUGGUGCUCUAUGUCAAAGUAUCGUACCACGUAUUCAUCAACUCAAUCAACUCUAUUCAAUAUAUAUAUAUUGUCGGCAACCAUCGAAAUACGAAGAAUGGGCAAAAGAUUGGCCCAAAGUAAAGAGUAUUGUUACAGAAAUCACUUCAAUUUGUAA